AAGAAAGUCGAUGCCCUAAAACUAUUAUCUAUAUGUAUUUAAAUUCAUUAUGGAGCCCUCAUCCGAAAAAUCCAUUUUUCGGUCGGAAUCUAUUGAUCAUGACACUAAUCAUAAAUACCACUUUAAAAUAUGUCAUCAAAACAUAUUUAGACAUUCUGUUUAGAUAUUUCGGGAAAAAGGCUACCGACAAAAUCUCUUCGGAACUAUUUAAAUAAAAUAGUUUUAUUCCGCAGUGAGUAAAACACUAUUGUAAAUUUGUUAAAUAUUUAAUAAUUAAGUGAUUUUAGAGCGGAAGUCACAAGGAAUGACGUUUGUAAUUAAUGAAUAAAUGUUCUGUAGGUGUUUUUUUUUCACGCGGUCCCUUGAUAAGUUUAAAAUUUGAAUCACUCUCAAGCGAAAGUGAUUCAAAUGGUGCGGCGCACCUUCUUUGGGGUGCGCUGCGGUAGUAUGUUACGGACUUUAGAGUCAGCAAAACAAUUAAAAUAGAUUGUUAUAGUCUAAGAAAAACACGUACUCAAAAUACGAUAACAUUUAGCAUACUAGAAAUGGACUGAUGGCUUUGAACUACGCCAUAUCUUUAUGUUUUGCGACAAACGACAACUUUAUAAAAUCAGUGUAGCAACUUUUAAAAAUCAUCAUAUCGUUUACUUGGCAAAUUCGAAGGACGAACUUGUCUUAGAUUUCACCCAUCUAAAUCAUAUCAUAUUUGCACAUAACAAUAUACCUACUUACUUCCCAUUAAAGUAUAAAUUCUACAAAUAAAUAAUACUCAACAAUAUUUAAAAUAAAAUGAGCCAAGAACGUUUAUCGAUAAAACCUGAUAACAUUGAAAUCUUUUGUACAGCACUAAAGCCGCCAUGUUUUGUGGCCAGAUGACGUCACAGUGGCACGAAAUUUUGGUUGACGUUUCAUUUCCAUAGGUUUCCUACUUCAUUGGUUUUGGUAGGUUUCAUGCUUCAGUGGUUAUAGGGUUUAAUUUUAAUGCAGUGUUUGCGCCUGCGUAUUGGUUUAGGUUUUGUGUUGAUUGUUGCUGAAUUUUUGUUUGUGUCAAUAUUUUCAUCUCCUUGAUAAAUUCCUUUUACAAUUAUGCCAAAAACUAAAGCUGAAAAGAAUCGUGAAUACUGGCGAAAAAAAAAUGCAAAUAAAAUUAAAAAAAACCCCAAAAGUUCUACGGAACGUGUCCGAGAGUUUCGUGCUCGUCAAAAAAAGUUAUUAUCACAUGUACAAUAUGAAAUUAUUAGUUCUAACAUGAAUGUGCCUGGUGUACAAAAUACUGAAAAGAAUCGUGAAUACUGGUGGAAAAAAAAUGGAUAUAAAAUAAAAAAAAACCCCAAAAGUUCUACGGAACGUGUCCGAGAAUUUCGUGCUCGUCAAAAAAGGCUAUUAUCACAUGUACAAAAUGAAAAUAAUAGGUCUAACGUGAAUGAUAAUGUGCCCAGUGUACCAAAUAAUAUCCUGAACAACCUUGCAUUGGAAAGCUCUGAACAUCAAAAGAAUCAUAUAUUGGUUUCGGAGAACCAACUGAUAGAUGAAAUGAAAUCAAAUAAAGAACUCUGGACAAAUAUGAAGAUGCAUUUUGAAACUAACAGAUUGCCAUGGUACCACAUGAAAACUGUAAUACUGGACAAGCUGAAGACACUUUAUGCGGCAGAUGAUAAAAGUGAAAAUGUAUCUGCUAAGGACCGAAUGUCCCAGAUGGAUUGGAUUAUAUUUGACUUUGCUCUCGUCCAUGAGAAAAUAGAUCUAAUUGGAAAAGAUGUUAUGAGAUGUCAAACUCAGGACCGUCAGCCGUUGAUUGAUCUCUUCGAGCUGGUGACGAAGUUUGACAUAGAGGACAGGUCCAGAGACAGUCUGGCCGGCGCCUGGACUGCGGCCACCGCCCUCUACAACUCGAGGGGUCGUCAGUGCUCACCGAUGCUACUGCAGAAGCGUUGGUAUCAGCUGAAGGAGGUGACCAGGGAAUCGCUAUAUGAGUACUGGUACGCCUCCCGCGAGAACUCUCCUAUACCGGCCGAGUCUAUAAAAAGACCAACCAAAUUACAGAGAGCUGUGGCCCAGAAAUACCCGUCAAUAAUAACCAGUGCGUUUCCGGAAUGGCGGGAACUGAUCGAGAAAAGACUUGUAAUAAUGUCUGAAGACUUCGAAAAGGAGAAUUGGAUGAACAACGCGGAAGCUUCUAUAGACACUGAAUCUAAACCAGAUUUACAAGUCAUUGAACCUUUCAUAGAAAUGAUAGAUGUGGACCAAGACUUGGACAGCGAAACAAGGGAGCACGGGAGAAGAAGCGAAGAGAACACUGAAACCAAUGGAAUGAUUAUUGAAAUAAAAUCCGAACCUAGAGAUUUUGAAGAUCUGGCUGAGCCAUUACACACUAUCAAAACACCAUUACUUUUAUACACUGGGAAAACAGAACAAUUAACCGAAAAUGAAACAUGCAAUACUGAUUCUGGUGAAGAUGUGGUGAAGACUGACAAAAAUAUAAACAUUACCCCUACUCUUGAUUACCUUCGCGAGACAAUCGAAAUAGUACCGAAAAUUGCCGGUGUCAAUGGCAAGGUGCAUGAUACUCAUGAUAGUAAAGAUCCAACAGCUACAAAAGUAUGUGAAGAUGAAGCAAUGCUUGAAGAAGCAACUAAAUGUCAUCGAGAUGCAAUCAACGAUGUGUCUAAUGCAGUAGAUAUACAAGAAAGAACGUUGCAAGACACAAAUACACUAUUAAAAUCUGAAAUGGAAGAACACUUGCAUUUGAAUAUUUUUGAUAACCUAAUAGAAUUUGCUGAUAACAAAGUCCAGUCUAUUGAAAAUGAUCAUGUAAAUACAGAUUCAACAAUGGCAGAAUCCACAAGUUCCGAGGAAUCUUCAAAUGAACUUAUUGUACAAGUUGAUUACUACCAUCGUCAUUGUUCUCAACUCAGUGCAUCAAUCGCAACUACAAAAAAUGUCUGUGUGACUGAAAAUCAGGCGAGUGAUCUUCCUUCAAUCGCCCCUGGUUACCCAAAAACAUCUGUAGAACGAAUGAGAGAGUAUAGAGCUCGGAAAAAGAAAGAAAAUCAAAUACUGAAUCAUUCAGAACGUAAAAAAUCAGGCGCAGAGCGUGUGCAAGAGUGCAGAGCCCGAAAAAAAACUAAAAUCCAAUCAGCACAUUCAACAAUGGCAGAUUCCACAAGUUCCGAGAAAUCUUCAAAUGAAUUUAUUGUGCAAGCUGAUGUCAAUCAUCGUCAUUGUUCUCAACUCAGUGCAUCAAUCGCAACUACAAACAAUGUCUGUGUGACUGAAAAUCAGGCGAGUGAUCUUCCUUCAAUCGCCCCUGGUUACCCAAAAACAGCUGUAGAACGAAUGAGAGAGUAUAGAGCUCGGAAAAAGAAAGAAAAUCAAAUACUGAAUCAUUCAAAACGUAAAAAAUCAGGCGCAGAGCGUGCGCAAGAGUGCAGAGCCCGAAAAAAAACUAAAAUUCAAUCAGCACAUUCAACAAUGGCAGAUUCCACAAGUUCCGAGAAAUCUUCAAAUGAAUUUAUUGUGCAAGCUGAUGUCAAUCAUCGUCAUUGUUCUCAACUCAGUGCAUCAAUCGCAACUACAAACAAUGUCUGUGUGACUGAAAAUCAGGCGAGUGAUCUUCCUUCAAUCGCCCCUGGUUACCCAAAAACAGCUGCAGAACGAAUGAGAGAGUAUAGAGCUCGGAAAAAGAAAGAAAAUCAAAUAUUGAAUCAUUCAAAACGUAAAAAAUCAGGCGCAGAGCGUGCGCAAGAGUGCAGAGCCCGAAAAAAAACUAAAAUCCAAUCAGCAAAAUCUAAACCAGACUUAGAAGUCAUUGAACCUUUCAUAGAAACGAUAGAUGUGGACCAAGAUUUGGACAACGAAACAAGGAAGCACAGGAGAAGAAGCGAAGAGAACACAGAAACCAAUGGAGUGAUUAUUGAAAUAAAAUCCGAACCUAGAGAUUUUGAAGAUCUUGCUGACCCAUUACAAACUAUCAAAAUACCAUUACUUUUAUACACUGGGAAAACAGAACAAUUGAUCAAAAAUGAAACAUGCAAUACUGAUUCUGGUGAAGAUGUGGUGAAGACUGACAAAAAUAUAAACAUUAUCCCUACUCUUGGUUACCUUCGCGAAACAAUCGAAAAUUCAAAUGAAGAGAAAGCUAAAUUAAUUGAGGAAAUAGUACCGAAAAUUGCCGGUGUCAAUGGCAAGGUGCAUGAUACUCAUGAUAGUAAAGAUCUAACAGCUACAAAAGUAUGUGAAGAUGAAGCAAUGCUUGAAGAAGCAACUAAAUGUCACCGAGAUGCAAUCAACGAUGCGUCUAAUGCAGUCGAUACACAAGAAAGAAACUUGCAAGACACAAAUACAAUAUUAAAAUCUGAAAUGGAAGAACACUUGCAUUUGAAUAUUUUUGAUAACGUGAUAGAAUUUGCUGACAACAAUUUCCAGUCUAUUGAAAAUGAUCAUGUAAAUACAGGCAUACCGUCGCCCAUGGACUUCAGCAAUGCCAGGGGCAGAGCCAAGCCGCUGCCUAUCGUUGAGUACUCUCCACAAGCCUCGUUUGCUAAAGGACAAGUCAUAGCGCCCGGGAAACACCGUGGAGGGGAGCUCAUUCCAAAGCCGGAUGGGGGCCGAGCAGUGACCAGUGUGGAACACCGCGCACGACCGGAAACCGCUGCACGUUCCCACCGUGUCCGGUACACGUGACCAAUCUGUCCUCAAAGUAGGAACCUACCGGCCGCCGAAGGUAGGGGGGCAUUCCGUGUCUUUCUAGCGUCACCCCUAUCACGGACCAGGACAGGUGUUAAACGCAUUGGCCACCCUUGACACCGCCAAGGCCACCCCGCCCCCGGAGACGGCCUCCUCCGGAGAGGAUCCGUUAAUGGAUAUCCGUACAUUUCGAGGCGGCCACUAUAAAAUGAUUUUCGUGUCGUGCAAGGGUUAAUAACUGCUUUUACUCCAUCCAGUGCGCGCUUAGUUGGAAUAGCCCGGUAGGCUACAUACUAAUAAGUAGGGGAAAUUGAACCACAGAGGUUCCUAGUAUACACUACCUACUGAAAGUUACUAUUAAAAUACUCUGUGGGGUCCAACUUUCUUAAACGUCACAGGACUUUUUGGCGGGAACGCGGGAGUGAAGUUGUGUGAUUUGUUUUUUUUUAUUGCUUAAAUGAGUGGACGAGCUCCCAGCCCAGCUGUGUUAAGUGAUCACUGGAGCCCAUAGACAUCCACAACGUAAAUGCGCCACCCACCUUGAGACAUAAGUUCUAAGGUCUCAAGUAUAGUUACAACGACUGCCCGACCCUUCAAGUCGAAACGCAUUACUGCUUUACGGCAGAAAUAGGCAGGGUGGUGGUACCUACCCGUGCGGAUUCACAAGAGGCCCUACCACCAAUAAUUAUGCAAAUUAUAAUUUUGCGGGUUUCAUUUUUAUUACACGAUGUGGUUCCUUCACCGUGGAAGUCAAUCGUGAACAUUUGUUGAGUACGUAUUUCAUUAGAAAAAUUGGUACCCGCCUGAAAUUCGAACACCGGUGCAUCGCUCAACACGAAUGUACCAGACGUCUUAUCCGUUAGACCACGACGACUUCAAAACUAUUUUGUCUAUAUAGUGUUUCUUCAGGUUUAAAUAUGAAAUAAGGGUGGUUUAUUAAUUGUUUAAUUUAAGAUGAGCCCAGUUGUAAAUGAAAGCCGUUAUUAACUCACACACUUGUAUAUUUACGGAAAAUACAAUACAUACAGUUUUAUUAUAGCUAUCUAAGUGGAACUGUGUUCGCCGUAUGACCGUUACAACUGGACUGUCGUCCCAAUAUCCUUUUCCCACAAGCGUGGAAUGGUGAAGAUGACACCUUGCAUUACGUAGCCAGGUAACACGCCACGUACGUUAUUAGGCAUGUGUGGCAAUGUGGGAAAACGAAACAAAGAUGGUAGGCAGCGGCUUGGCUCUGCCCCUGGCAUUGCUGACGUCCAUGAGCGACGGUAACCACUUACCAUCAGGUGGGCCGUAUGCUCGUCUGCCUACAAAGGCUAUAAAAAAAAAAAAAAGAUGCUGGACGUAACUUCCCGGGAUCCUCCAAAAAGUUCACUAAAAAAAUCUCAGUAAAUGGCCACUAUUUUACUGACAUUACAUUUCAUCACAUUUCAUUUAAUUUCAUCCCAGUUAUUUAAUUUCUCAAAUUAAUUGUCUUCAUUUCAUUUCAUUUCACUCCAUAUUAUCAUGUUUCAUAAAAAUAAGGAUAUAAAUUAUAAUAAGACAUGACCUAAGGGUCUUAGUUACCAGGUCAUAAAAUCCCUUAAAAAAAAGAAACGUCACACUGUACCGGUAUUAACCCACAGACACAGCCCACUGAGUUUCUCGCCGGAUCUUCUCAGUGAGUCGCGUUUCCGAUCCGGUGGUAGAUUCUGCGAAGCACUGCUCUUGCUAGGGUCAGUGUUAGCAACUCUCCGGUUUGAGCCCCGUGAGCUCACCUACACACGCUAGGGUAAGCUGAAAUAGCCUCUCAAGGCUAUCAACAUAGGUAGGACAAAAAAAAACCGAUAAAACGGGGUAAUUAGGGACAAAUUCCAACUUGUUUAACAAUUUUAUGUUAAAAAUUGUUCAUAAAGUUAGUUUUGAUCCUGAUAUAGCAUUUUAAACUGGAUGUGUUAAUGUGAUGAGUCUUGGGGGUAUCUUUGUUAUCCAAUUUAAAGCUAUGCAAUUAGCAUUCCAGUUUAAGUAAAAAAAGCAAAAAUAGGUGCCAUCCCUAUUUACCCAGAAUUUGCGGUUAUUAGGAACGAAAUUAGUGUUAGUAGAGAAAUUUGCUAGGGCUAGCACUCCUUGGUUUUAAUUAAUUUAUUUAUUUAGUUGCACCAACAAAGUGAUCAAUAAAAAACAUUGAAAAACUGACAAAAGUACAUGGCAGAUGGCAUGAAUUAUAGGUGCAAUCGACAGUGCAUUGACAACAAAAAUAAAAAAUAUAUAUAUCUAAAACUUGAUUACAUUUAAUUACUUGGGAAAUUAUCCGCGACAGAUUUUUCCUUUAAGUUGUGAGACAAUUAGAAUAGAACAUCUAUUUCAUCACUUAAAACUAUACACACGAGCAAGUUUGGAAUCACUUACUUGAAAUUGGUUCCGCGCGAUCUUGCUUACUAAAUAAAUUUUUAAUUAUCAUAAAAACAACAUCACUUUAUAGGUUCAACUGUUAACUUUAAAUUGAUACCAAAUUCAUUCAAAUCGAGCCAGAAGUUAAGGAGCUAUCCUGGAUUAAGUGAAGGAGGUAGGAAAACAAAGAAACAUGGAAAAAUAAUGAAUGAAUAAAACAACGAAAAUUAAUAAAUAAAAAUUUUGUUUAGCCUUAAAAUUAAGUGUCAGUAGUUUGUGUUCCCUCCCCUCGCCUUAUUAACUGCUCGAAGACGAUAAUUCAUAGACCUGAUCAGCUUCUGAAUUGAUUUUUGUGGGAUACCUUCUCACUCCUCAAUCAACGCCGAUUUCAGCUUAUUCAGACACGAAGGAGCAGAAGUUCUGGCACGAGCCUUCCUCUUCAGUUCAUUCCACGCGUGCUCAAUGGGAUUCACGUCAGGGCUGAGCGCUGGCCAGUCCAAAGUGGCGAUACCUACUUCUUUGAAGUAUUCAGUUGUUACACGGGCAGUGUGACAACGAGCGUUAUCGUGCAUAAGGAGGAAGUCAUCACUGAUAUAUCCCGCACAGGGAACGACAUGUUCCAGCAGAAUAUCGGAAAUGUAUCGGUCCGAAGUUAUACCGCCUCCGCGUCCCCCGCCAGGCACGAAAACAAGCUCGGUUUUACGGUCGAAGGAAAUGCUGGCCCACAUCAUACAAGAGCCGCCCCCAUAAGCCACUGUUUCAGUGAAACAGCACUGCGCAAAUCAAUCCUCAGGCCGCCUGUAGACCUGACCUCUUCGGUCACUACCGUGUAAACACAUCCUGCUCUCCUCGGAGAACAGGACUUGCCUCCAUUGCUCAACCUCCCAAUCAAGAUGGGUGCGAGCAAAUUGAAGGCGUGCUUAUCGGUGAACUACCGUGAGUUUCGGGGCUGUGGCAGGCCUUUUUGGAGUUGAAUUCACUUGCUUGAGUCGUCGAUAAACUGUCCACUCGCUGGCUGCUUCCCCACGAACAUCUCGGAGCUCCUAUUGGACGUCGACACCAGGUAAAUGCCGAUUUUGGAGAGUGGUUGACACGAUAAAACGGUCAUCCCUCUCCGAUGUGUACCGGUGCCGUCCAGAUCUUGGUCUCAGGAUAAGGCGACCAGUCUCCCGAAAGCGCUUGUAAGCUUUCGAAACACAGGACUGGCUUAUGUGGAGCCAACGAGCGACCACCCGCUGGCUGAGCCCUUCUUGCAAUAGCGCUACGAUUUGUGCUGCUUCUGUAGGUGUUGUCUCCAUUAUCGUACAAGGUAGAGGGUCAAAAGUAGCGGAGAUGUGUACCGAUCAACAUGUGAAAGUCAACUGAUAAAGAAAAUCCGAUAACAGGUGCUUUUAUAGGGGUCAAUAGGUCGCAACUCGCGACGUAUCAAAUAAUUGAAACACGUCUUUUUCGUUACUCCUUCACUUAAUCCGGGAUAUAUUCUUAAAUACUGACUUAAUUUUAAUGAAAUCGGUAUCAGCUUAAAGUUAAGAGUGGAACCUUUAAAAUGAUGUCAUUUUUAUGAUUAUUAAAAAAAUAUUUAGUACACAAGAUCGCGCGGAACCAAUUUCAAGUAAGUGAUUCCAAACUUUUGCUCGCGAGUGUAGUUCAGCGCAAUCGGACAACUCCGAAUAAAAAUUGACAGAGACCGCGCUACCUUGGACAUUAUUGUAGUCCCGAAGGAUUCUGUUUAAAGUAAGCACCUAAAUUCGAACGAGCGGGCUUUCUUAUAAGCGGUUUAUAUUUCUUCGUUCUUAGUAAGUACUUAGGGGCUGAUAUUUUUAUCUGGGUUAAGAGAUUAGGUGUGUCUGUUAUUCCAUGAAUUAAUCAGGUGGAUACCCCCACUCUGAACAAAUAAUAAUAUAUUUUAUUAUGUAUUAUUUAGAAAGCUCAGCAUGUAACAAUGUUAUGUAAAGUAAAAUUCAUAUCACAACCAUAUACCUUUUCCCUCAAGCUUUUAAAUUUAUUGUUCAUCGGAAUGCGAAAAUACAACAUAAUUAAAUUUCGUAAUAUAAGUCAUCUAAAAAUAAAGUGUUACGUAGUAUGUAUAUAAUUAGGUACAUGUGUGGGUAUUUGUAAAUAAAUGAUUGCAUAAUAAUUAUA